GGUUGGGGCUGCGCGUGCGAAGGUGGCGGUGUAGGCACCUGCGCUCGGGGAAGGCUGGCGGCGGCGGCCGGGCCAUGGCCAGAGACCCCCUCCUCUGGGCUCCCUGAAGUCCUGGGGAGCCGUGACCCAUGGGAUCGUCGAGCAGCCAGGUGCUGGGCCAGCCGAGGCGAGCCCUUGCCCAGCAGGAACAGGGUGCCAGGGCCAGGGGCUCGGCCCGGAGGCCGGACACUGGAGACGAUGCGGCGGGCUGCGGCUUCUGUUACUGCCCGGGCAGUCACAAGCGCAAGCGGAGCAGCGGGCCCUGCUGCUACUGUCACCCGGACUCGCACAGGGACGAGGAUGAGGAGGAGGGGGACAAGCAGCAGCCGCUCCUCAACACCCCUGCAAGGAAAAAAUUAAGGAGUACAUCCAAAUAUAUUUAUCAAACAUUAUUUUUGAAUGGUGAAAACAGUGACAUUAAGAUUUGUGCUCUAGGAGAAGAAUGGCGAUUACACAAAAUAUAUUUAUGUCAAUCUGGCUACUUUUCUAGUAUGUUCAGUGGUUCUUGGAAAGAAUCCAGCAUGAAUAUUAUUGAACUGGAGAUUCCUGACCAGAACAUUGAUGUAGAGGCACUGCAGGUUGCGUUUGGUUCACUGUAUCGAGAUGAUGUCUUGAUAAAACCCAGUCGAGUUGUUGCCAUUUUGGCAGCAGCUUGUAUGCUGCAGCUGGAUGGUUUAAUACAGCAGUGUGGUGAGACAAUGAAGGAAACAAUUAGUGUGAAAACUGUAUGCGGUUAUUACACAUCAGUAGAGAUCUAUGGAUUAGAUUCUGUAAAGAAAAAGUGCCUUGAAUGGCUUCUAAACAAUUUGAUGACUCACCAGAAUGUUAAACUUUUUAAAGAACUCGGUAUAAAUGUCAUGAAACAGCUCAUUGGUUCCUCUAACUUAUUUGUGAUGCAAGUGGAGAUGGAUGUAUACACCACUCUAAAAAAGUGGAUGUUCCUUCAACUUGUGCCUUCUUGGAAUGGAUCUUUAAAACAGCUUUUGACAGAAGCAGAUGUCUGGUGUUCUAAACAGAGAAAAGAUUUUGAAGGUAUGGCCUUUCUUGAAACUGAACCAGGAAAACCGUUUGUGUCAGUAUUCAGACAUUUAAGGUUACAAUAUAUUAUCAGUGACCUAGCUUCUGCAAGAAUUAUUGAACAAGAUGCUAUAGUACCUUCAGAAUGGCUGUCUUCUGUGUAUAAACAGCAGUGGUUUGCUAUGCUGCGGGCAGAACAAGACCGUGAGGUAGGGCCUCAAGAAAUCAAUAAAGAAGACCUAGAGGGAAAUAGCAUGAGGUGUGGUAGAAAGCUUGCCAAAGAUGGUGAAUACUGCUGGUGUUGGACGGGUUUUAACUUCGGCUUUGACCUACUUGUAAUUUACACCAAUGGAUACAUCAUUUUCAAACGCAAUACACUGAAUCAGCCAGGCAGCGGGUCUGUCAGUUUACGGCCUCGAAGGAGCAUAGCAUUUAGAUUACGCUUGGCUUCUUUUGAUAGUAGUGGAAAACUAGUAUGUAGUAGAACAACUGGCUAUCAAAUACUUAUACUUAAAAAGGAUCAGGAACAAGUGGUGAUGAACUUGGACAGCAGGUUUCUGACCUUCCCUUUAUAUAUCUGCUGUAACUUCUUGUAUAUAUCACCAGAAAAAGGAAUUGAAAAUAAUCGUCACCCAGAAAAUCCAGAAAACUGAAGAUCUCAUCAGUUGGAAACAGUAGCACUUUGAAAACUUUCAGGCCAGCUUUAAUUUAAUGGCCCUACUGAUAUUCACAUCUAAGGUGACUAACAAUGACAAAGGCCUUAUGAACUGUACGGACAAUACAGAAGACUAUUCUUAUCCUCAUUGCAUUUCUAUGCAUAUACAAAAAAAACCAUUUUAAAGCCAAGAAAAUAUCUGUCAAACCAUUUCUGUCAGUACGAUGUCAACUCAUGCUUUUAAUUCAGCAUCAGCAGAAAAUGACUGUAGGUAAAUCUCACAUUUAUCUGCAACAAAAUAUAGAUUUAAUUUUUAGCUUAAACUUUUUUUCUACCUUAUGUUAGUGGACCUCAGUUAUCCAUCUGUAAAUUUAUUUUUAUUUGGCUAAAAUAAUCUAAAAGAAUAAUUUGGAUGGCCAAUUAGAAAUGCUCUUUUGAGCUGGGGCAUUUAAAGCUUUCCUUUAAUAUUUUUACCUGCUCAUUAUGAUUCCUCCUUUUAGUCUAAUAUCUUUCCAGUUCAUACUUGUUUUUAAUCAUUAAAUACUUUCUUCCUGGUUUGGAGACUAAGCUGAGAAACUUUUUUUAAACUUAAGCAUUGUCAUAUGCUAUUUUUUAAAAUUUGGCUUUCCUAGGAUUUUAAGAACAAUGAAAGUUAGCUUCACACCUUCAAAUGAUCUUGAAUGAGUGAAAAAUCAGUUUGAUUCCAGGGGUAUUUCUUGUCUUUUCUUUGACAGUCUGUACACCUUUAUUAUUAGUUUUUGAGUUAUUUAUGUACCAGAUAUUAUACUUUUAAACAUUUUAAUAUUCUCUGAUCUUUACAAUUAUUUAUGUUCAAAUUUUAGUUGGGAGUUUUGUUUCCUACUUAAGCUCAGGACUUGAUACCCUCUGAGUUGAGUGGCUUUGAGUGACAUGCUAACAGCAAUUUCAUAGUAAAUGUAAAUAAGGUCAGAGGAUCUAAUAUAGAAGCUGAUGACGCAUUAAUGUAAAAAUGGAACUUAUUUUUGUCAAAAAUAAGAUGUACACUUGUCAUGAUUUAUAUAUGUUGACCUUUUGUGUUUAUUGCUGUUUUGAAUAGAGCCAUGUUCAUUUUCUUUCCAGUUAGAGUAAGUACUUCUGUGGUUAAUGUAUAUUUUUAUUCUGGCUUUUAAAAUGGGAAUAAUUUGUAUGUAUCUGUGCAAAUAAUAAAUGCGCAUUUGGAAAAAGAUUAA